AACUAUAGUCAGACUUAACACGCAAAAAUGAGCUGGAUUGUUAGAAAUUUGCUAAUUUUAUUCUUUGUGCUUCACACGGCCUGGAAUGUCAACACACAAGGAUGCCAGAAUAACUGGACAGAGUAUCGCGGUGUUUGUUACACGGGUAUUUCAAAGGAGCUAAGCUGGCUUGACGCGAAAAACGAUUGUAUGAACAAGGGCGGAGAUAUCGCGAGAGUCACAGACAAAGACGUCAACGAAUUCAUCCUUAAAAGAUUCAGAAAGUCCGAACAUAUUUGGGUUGGAUUAACGAGAUGCUCUUUCAAUGAGACGAAAUGGUGUUAUCCUGAUGGAACAGUGACCGUGUAUACAAACUGGGACAAAAUAAACAACGAACCAAAUAAUGUACGUGGAGUUGAAAAUUGCACGGAAAUGUACCACGACGGGACCUGGAAUGAUUAUUCAUGUAAACUAAGCAGAUCUUACGUUUGCCAAAGGCCAUUUGACGUGGAUGAAUGUCAGUUGGGUACUUCCAAAUGUUCUCCUGACGCCAAAUGCGCGAAUACUAUUGGAUCAUACACCUGUACAUGUAAUGAAGGAUUUACAGGAAACGGGAGCGUAUGCGAAGACAUAAAUGAAUGCUUUCUAAACUUUCCUAGUCCUUGCCAUCACAAUGCGAGGUGUAUAAACACGAAAGGUUCUUUUCAGUGUUUUUGUAAAAGGGGUUAUUCUGGAAAUGGCUCUCUUUGUCAUGACAUAAACGAAUGUUCUAUUGGCAUGUAUGGUUGCCAUAGUGACGCUGUUUGUACAAACACAAAAGGAUCUUUUAAAUGCAUUUGCAAAAUUGGUUAUUAUGGUGAUGGUACAUUUUGCAAUGACAUAGAUGAAUGUGCCACUAACAGACAUAACUGUCACAGUCGUGCUGUUUGUACAAAUACAAAGGGAUCCUUUAACUGCUCAUGCAAAGAUGGUUAUUCCGGAGAUGGUAAACUCUGUGAUGAAUCGCGUUCACUGUCAUAUGGUAAACUGAGAAAUCAGGCGCAAGAACUUUAUAAUAAAGGCAUAUCGUUUGAAGCCCGGAAAAGAGCUGCUCAGAAUAUUGUCGAUGAGCUGUCCUACUUAACACGUCAAGAUUUGAAUAACGGCGGAAAAAACGGAACGGCAAGGCAGCAAAAUAUAACCAAUACAGUCAGAAUACUUCAAAAUAUCGUCGAUUUGAAUAUUUCUGAUAGCAGCCUGAAUAUAUUGGGUCCAGCGAGCAAUAUAUUAAAUAGUAGAAACACAGAAUCAUGGCGAAAAAUAAAGGAUGAAGGAGUGAUCCGUGAUCUUGUGAUGACGCUAGAAAACUAUGGAUUUCAAUGCGGAAAUAAACUGGAAAACAAUACAUACAAUUCUUCAGUAUUUCAAAACCGUUCCAACGUACAGUUACAUGUCAAAUACUUAAAAACUAAUGUUGAAUUGGCACAAAAGGAGAGACUUUUUAAUUUUUCAAACGCAUCAUUCAGUCUUUCACGCGAUGCACUAGCGACAGAGUCUGGUGCAGUCGUCGUUAUCUUGUGGUAUAAAACUUUAAAUUCCUUUCUCGGAAAAAGGUUAUCUGGAAAGAACGUUUAUGCGACAGUGAACAACAAGAUUAUCAGCGCAAGUGUCAGACCUGAGCCAAGAAUACCGUUUCGAGAACCAGUUCGUAUCACUUGGGAUACCAUUGACCCGGCUGAAUCUGAAGAAUGUGUAUACUGGAAGCCAGAAUUAAGUGAAAACAGAUGGAAAACAGAUGGAUGCACAAAAGUACCAGAUGAACACCGCCUGAUAUGUGAGUGCAAGCAUCUUACAGCAUUUGCUUCCAUGGACAUUUCUAGAAAUAUGAUGGAAGAUGAAGAAAGAAGAACUUUAGAAGUAAUAUCAACAAUUGGCUGUUCUGCAUCCCUACUUGGGGUGGUUCUGACGAUACUCACGUACGCAUUGCUGUGGAAAAGACUUCACAAAAAUGUUAAGACCACAGUUCCUUCCCAAGUGCUUAUGAACCUCUGUGUUGCGAUUGGAAUGACAGAUAUCUUCGCGGUCUUGGCUGGACCAGCUUUCAAUAACGAGCCAUUCUGUAUAGCCGUUUCUAUGUUAUUAUAUUUCUUUGUUCUCUCCCUUUUUGGAUGGAUGUUAUGUGAAGGAAUCGUCGUUUACCUUCAGCUGGUGAAUGUUUUCACUGGUUUAAGUUUAGGAGGAAAACAUCUCAAGUCAUUUUAUGUGAUUGGCUGGGGAAUCCCAGCAAUUGUUAUGGCGGUUUUAGUUGGAGUAAACGAUCUUGAAAAUUUCAAAUCGGAACACGCAUGUUGGUGCCAAGGUGGCGGUGGUUUGUUUUGGACUUUUGUUGGUAUUAUAAUACUUAUCUUACUGAUAAACAUAAUAAUCUUCGUUCUGGCGCUCCGGAACGCCAUGUCCUCCAGCAUGGCAAGCGAAAGUGCAAAGACUGACAGCAAGUUGCGAAAAGCAAAAGUUGGUCUAAAAGGUUCAGCUAUAUUGCUGCCUAUCCUUGGGUUGACGUGGCUGUUUGGUUUACUGGUAUUCAAUCGAGAUACAAUUGCGUUUAAAUAUUUAUUCGCCAUUUUUAAUUCUCUGCAAGGACUGAUGAUAUUUGUUUUCCACGUGUUGUUGAGUAAAAAGAUUCACGGAGCAAUCAAGAAAGAAAAGAAAGCAUUCAACACCACGCACACUACUUAUGCCUUUUCCAAGAACAAUUUGUCCGACGGUGUUUCAAGAUCAGAGUCUGGUACACCGGUGUUUUUAAAGAAAAUUAUGGCAAGCUCGCCAUUUGCUGUGAAAAAAAGAUACAACUUGGAGCACAGCAGCAGUGAAACCCUUAAACGCAACGAUGACGAGUUCGCGUACACUAAAGGAAGCUCCCUGGAUGAACUGAAGUAACAAUAAAUCAGCUAUAAGUCGCUUCAGGCCAUGUAUGCCUGGUUUCCAUUCAUUCGUUAUUGUCGUGAACAUGUCAACAUGGGUAAUGUGAUGACUAUUUCUUAUCGGUGAAAAUGACUUGUUUACUACGACAACUGCAACGAAAUGAAAACCAGGCUAUACAAAGCUGCAAAAACAUCCAGUAUACGUAUUAAUUGAUCAGUUCAGUCACAUAACAGAUUGACCUAAAUGCAUACUUUUAUUUCACGAACAUACGCUCACCUUGUAUUCCAUAAGCCCAUUUACCCACAGUCACAGAAGAGGAAAGCCUGAAAUAUAUUUUAAUGUCGUAUUUAAGUCUCAAGCAAAGGAAUGGGAUAUCUAGUAUGAGUAACUAUCAGUGUUUUUCUGAUUAUGUUAAAAACAAUAUAUUUUUCAGUCAA